CUGUUUGUGAGGAACAGAGUUGCGUGCGAAGAGCUCGACAUGUCAUUCAGAGGAAUCCGCCACCUGAAACGCGAGGAAGUGAAGGCGACUCAUUUGGGUAUAAAGCAUCAGCCAACAUCUGCCCCGAGCAGUGCAAAGCUGAUGAAAACAUCAACUCGGAGCUCAUAUAGGACCUCUGCGAUUUAUUUGAAUUCUCUUGGAUUUAUUAUUUGGCAUUACCGAGUCGGUGCGCCCAGGGAGACGCAACUCUUUUUUUUCUACUUCAAGUGAAUGAGACUCCUCAGCCAUCACUAUACUGGAAUUAACCGACACCCCGAGGGAUUUGGGCGCACCUGUUACCUCCACGGAGCGCGACAUCAUGAUACCUCCGGGAGACUGCAUGUACGCGGGCAGGAAGAGGAGGAAGCCCGUCCAGAAACAGAAGCCGUCGGCUGCCAACGAGAAAACCAACCCGUCCAAGCGGCACAGAGACAGGCUGAAUGCUGAGCUGGACCGGCUGGCCAGCCUGCUGCCGUUCCCCCCGGAUGUCAUCUCCAAGCUGGACAAGCUGUCCGUGCUGCGCCUCGCAGUCUCCUACCUCCGCGUCAAAAGUUUCUUCCAAGCAAACCAUGAGAAGCCCUCCAGAAAGCACAGUACCAGCACAGCAUCCUCAAACCCUGAAGCCAGGAAAGACAGCCCUCCUCUGGAGACCCCGGUCAAUGAAAGCAGCCUCCUGCUGGAAUCUCUUACAGGCUUUGCCUUGGUGGUGAGCAGUGAUGGGAUGGUGUUUUAUGCCUCUUCAACCAUUGUGGACUACCUGGGAUUUCAUCAGACCGACGUGAUGCACCAGAACGUGUUUGACUACAUCCACAUAGACGACCGCCAGGAGUUCCGACGCCAGCUCCACUGGGCCAUGUGUCCUCCGCCGGGGACGUCGGCAGACCCGGACAACCAGACAGCUGCAGGGACCGGUGAGGACUUUGUAGUGAGCAGCCUGUUCCAUUCUCCGGACGCAGGGGGGAUUUCUCCUGAGCUCACCUGCUUUCUCAACAGGUGUUUUAUUGCCAGAGUCCGAUGCCUCUUGGACAGCACCUCCGGUUUCUUGACUGUGCAGUUCCAGGGCCGGUUGAAGUUCCUCCACGGUCAGAAAAGGAAGUCAGGCUCCGGGGCGGUGAUGCCUCCCCAGCUGGCUUUAUUCUGCAUAGGUGUACCCCUCUUACUGCCCUCCCUCACUGAGAUGAAAAUGAAGAGCAUAUUGAUGCGGGGAAAGAACAAGGGAGGUGGAGGGAUGAUCUCUGCCCUGGAGCAUGGUGAGCGGGGGGAACACCUCAGGAGGCAUUCCUUCGGUGGAGGAAUGGGCGACAUAGCCGACCCCGUCCUCCUCUCCUGUCCCACUCCUGGCGCGACCCAGCGGGGUCACCCCAGCCCCUGGACACCGCUCUCUAAAGACAGCCUCAAGUACCGCCCCGAGGGUUUCUACAACCAGGACGAACCCCUCAACUACUGCAAGUCCACCAUGGCUUCCCUUAAAGGCAUUAACCCGGGCGUGGGCUCCGGUUGGCCUAUGCGCCCGAACUCCGGCCCCCUCAGGGCGGGCCAGGGUAUUGGCUACAUCCCCUCUAACCGCAUGAACAAGGCCGGCCACUAUGGGAAGCCAUACCGCCUCUCCCCGAGCUGCCACGGCGGCAGAGGCGGCGAGGUGUUUGUCUCUAAGGUCUACGGGAACGUGCAGAUUCCCGCAGACCCCGAUGCCUACUGCGUGGACCUGGUAAAGAACGAGAACGGCUACGGCGAAUGCUACGAUGGCCACCUGAUGCCCGAGAUGCAGCCCAUCAAGGUGGAGCACGACUCGGACUCUGAGAACGGCUGCGAUGCGUUCGGGCGACCCUGGGCGUGCCGCGACCCAGAGGCCAUGGACCGCCGCUACGGCAACGGGGUGUACGACCACACGUCAGGCCUCCAUCUUAAGUCGGAGGCGGAUUAUUACGAUCCGCAGUUCUCGCCCUGCCAUCGGGGGAAAGCAGGAAUCAGCCCGCCGUACAACAACGGACACUAUCAGAACUAUGCAGGCAACCACGGCGGCAACGCAGCCGGACGUCCUUUAAAAUGUGACAAAGACUUGGGCAAUCACAACAACAACAACAACAAUAACAGCCACUUUAGUCCUCAGAGACUCUCUCACUCAGACUCCCUAUGCGGCAACCAAUCCGUCAACCUCAUGGACUCACACGUCUAUCCACAGGACCCUCACAAGGCCUACAUGCAUGGCACUUAUGAGUUCAAAGGUCACGGCCUGGUCCAUUCAAUCAAGCGGGAGCCCAUGGAUUCCCCGCCGUGGUCUGAGAACGUAGGCCAGUCCAUGAUGGUUGGGCCGAGGAACAUUAUGCCAUGCGUUAUGAGCACGGGGCACCACAAGUCCAGUCCCUACAUUUAUAUGCCAUAGGAGUGACCAGUUUGAACACAGCAGAUCAUCACACACACACACGCAAACAAUCGGUAUCCAAUAAAGUACUUCAUAUUGCACCAAAUGCACCAGCAUUACAAAAGGAUUCCCAGGAUGUUAACAUUCAAACGCCUUCUCCGGUGGUGACAAAGAAGUCACAAACAAGGCUCAGGUUCUAGUGUUCAUGUGUUGACAAUCAGAAGUAAUACCUUGAAUCCAGGUUAUGGAUGGAUGUUUUUGUUUUGUUUGUGUGGGACGCAGUCGAUAGUCGGUUCCUAGCACUUUUGAAUUUAGUGACAGUGAUACAUCUAGAGACAUAUUUUUAUUUUUGUUUGUGUGUGUUGUGUACACUUUUGUGGGAGGAACACAGAUUUUGCUGUAAAAAGAGACUUUUUUUUUAAAAGUGUACACAGGAGAUGUUGGGCUUAUUCAGGAAGAUGGCACGUAGUCAGAGAUAACAACUUAAAGGACGACGUACGGUGGUUUUGUAUGUUGCAUGUGCUCCUUGGCCCUAAGAUGAAAGACAAACGUGAAUUGUCCUUUUAAGUUGCAGGUGAUCUUGGACCUAAAGAAGAAGCUUUGCACCGCUUCAAUGUCUAAAUUAACAAUGAGUUGAAGGUUUGUCUCUGACGUGGAAGUGUUUGAAAGAAAAAAAGACAGUCCUUUGUUAAUAGGUUUGAUGAUGAUUAUUCUUCCUGUUCGCACAAUCAUUUUUGUCAUAUUAGGUCAUGAAAUCUGUCGAGCAUACAGAUGAAUUACUUAAUGUAAUUUUAUGUCAAAGCUAAUGUUGUACAGUUUGGAUUAGUGUUUAUGGCGAGCUCAGCCUUUUUAUACUAGAUACAACCUGUCUCACUGCAGAUACGAGACAUUUUCUUUGAAAUGAAUAUACACUCAUGUCGUCGACUGAGUCCGAAAACCUUUUUUCUCACAAUCAAUGUUUUUGCACAAAAUUAAUUAAAAAGCACCAAAAUUGAUUCGAUGUUAGAGUCUCAGUUCUGUGGAGCUACUGUUGUAGUUUCAAAAUUGCACUACUGGGAGUAGCUCAGUUGAAGUUCAACCUACCCAGACAGGUUUUGAGUCAACACGCACAAUUUUACACAAUGUCACUGUUUUGACUUUGUCUUUUUCUCUUUGUGUGUGUUUAUUUCAAUAAAUGUUUGAUGAUUCAUAUUUAUUGUAAGAGGCAAAAGUGUAUAAUUUAAAAACUAUAGUCAUGAAGGCGUUUUUGUUUUACUGAGGUAAAUAAAAAUGCCUUUUAUUUUUCCUUGCCAGCUUUUUUGAUAAUUGUUUUAAAAGUCCUACUUGUCUCAUGGAGGAGGUAGCUGCAAGGUAGCGAACACAAUGUACAUAUGCAAUGUCUUCCAAUGUUUCUACGUGUUUUUGCAAAUGGGACUUAUCUAUUAAAAUACUUUUCUUGUAUGUAAA